AUGCUAACAUUUGCCAAUUAGCAACACAUACAGUACAGCUGAGGCUGAUGGGAAUGUUAUUCAUUUCGUAUGUAUUUAGGCAUAUUUAGGCUAGUCAAAAACCAAAGUACUGGACAAAAAAAUAUUGAUCUGUUGAGUCAAAAUACAAUUUUACAAUUCAUCCUGAGGGGGACAUGAAUUUGUGUACCAAAUUUCCUAGCUAUCCAUCCAGUAUUUGUUAAGAUAUUUUAGACUGGACCAAAGUGGUGGACCAACCAAUCGACAGACAGACCAACAUUGCCUUCAGAGAUGAGCAGCACAUCUAGGUACUUUGAAUUUGCAUCAUGCCCCUGCCCCUUUUUGGGUGAAAACAGUCCCUCUAAUCAAAUAAGAAAAGCAUAUUGCUUUUUAGCUAUUAGGGGCCCAAAUCCUAUAGCCAACAGGCAAACAAUUAUGUUGUUGCCAAUCUACGUUUGGCAUCGUAUUAUAGAAAGAAUGAAAGAAAUAGGGAUUGAUGACUGUCCUUUCAGUCUGCCUUCAUUAAAGCAACCCCACCCACUGGUCGGAGGUGUCAUAUCCUGACCUACAACUACCUAAUUUCCAGGUAAUGUAUUUAUGACAUCGGUCACUUUUUCUGUCGUUAAGACACUUUAUUUUGUUGUUUUGGUAGUCUCUCCAACAUUAACAUGCUUAACAGGGGUUUAGCAAGCUCACUAGCGCCCUGCAACUAUAAGGUAGGCUAUAAUGUAGACAUUAAUAAUUCCAUCUUCACCCCGUCACAUACAGUGGGCCUACACAUGCAUGCGUGCACACACACACACACAUACACACACACACAAGCAUUUCUACAAAGAAAACGCAAAUUUGAGAGAGAAUUUAGCAAAACAUUUGCUUUUUGGAACUAAAUACAGUACAUACUAUAUAACUAACAGUUCAUCACAUUGGCAAAUGCAUCAUCUAUGCCCAUUGAACAGUUUUAUUCAUUAUCCUAUCUUAAAAAAACAAAUGUAAUACUCUCAUCUAGGGAUUUACACGGCAAGCCAAAUGAAGAACUACAAAUCCCUGGAAGCACAUAAGUUCUUCACCAGUGGCUGGGUGGAUGUGCACCGCAAACCCUCUGCUGACAUUACAAUUUUCAAGACCCAGGUCAAGCCAUCGUGGACGGUCACCGAUCAAUCCCAGAACACUUGGGAGGGGUUAAAAAGGCUCAAUGUGAUUGCAUGGCAGGGUAAGCUGUCUGCAUAAUAAUAACAGUAUUAAUCACAAUGCUACAUAUCAAAUUUUUUCAGAAGAGAGGAAAUGCUCUUCCUAUUUGGUGAAAAAUUAAGUAAUUGUAUUCUAUUUUAUUCUAGGCUAGGAGAAAGUUGUUCCCAUGUUGGGGUACUCCUUUUUAAGUUAGAGGCAUCUGUCUGCCUAGGCUACACAAGUGUGGCACCAACCAGCAUUGCCUGCCUAGAACAAAGUCUGUACCAAAAAGGUCGAGGCAGACAUGAUGAAAGACAAUAAGAAAGAGGGGAGUCAGAAAAAAGUAGAGGGCAGUUCCGAAGUCAAAAGAAUAUCAACACCAGUUCCUUGAAAUGUUGUUUGCCACUGGAGAACUGCCCGUUGGUCUCAGCACUUUUAAGAGUAUGCAGACUCUUUCAGGCCAAAGCCAUAGUUUGAAAAUCUCUUAGGGUUUUCUGAUCACCAAGAACAGGCAAUAGAAGAAGAAACCAGAAUGUUCAUCUUGGCACCAGCAAAGAGUUGGAAGGGUGAUGGGCAUAUCCGCGUACUGGGUACAACACACGUCUCUUGAGAAGCCAUCAAAAGCACUGCUGAGAGAGAUUGUGCAGAAAGGGUCUCUGCAAAACCGGCUGACAACUCCAGGCAUUGUUUGGGGUAGGGAUCAUGAAAGGGAGGCCAUCGAAACUUAUAAGUAUGCCCCAGGCCUAACAAACACACGCACAGCAAAAACUUCAAUCGCCAUAUCAAAUGAGGUAUAUACAGCCCACAAGAGCUUCAGUAUUCUAAGGGCAGGCUUCCGAGUGUGCAAAAACAAGCCCUACAUUGGUGUAAGCUGUGAUGCAUACAUAUCUUGUGAUUGCUGUGAGCAAGGAGUGGUUGAGACAAAGUGUCCCUUGAAGUGGGUGAUAUUUCACUUGAUCACAGACAAGACCCUCAGUUACUUUGUGACUGAGGGUCAACCACAGCUUCUACACCCAGGUGCAGCUGCAGAUGCAACGGAAACCAUCAGCCAUUUCUGGCCCAGGCACAUCUACCCUCAGCUGGCGGGAACCUCAGUCCCAGAAACAGAGCUGGAGCUUCAGGAGACUGAGAUGGAGUCCACAGUCAGUGCAGGGUGGAGAGCAGUGCAGUAAGGUAGAUUUUGGAAGAUGAGGGAGCAAAUAGUUGUCACAAGACUGACUAUGAUGGGAUUCACUCUGGGCCGCUCCUAUUCAUGAGUAAUAUGUGUUGUGCUUAAGUCACAUUUAUAGUAGAUUGUAGGCAGUUGUUCAUUUGAGCUGCCAUGGCCAGAACUCAGUUACAAUGACUCAAACAGAAAAGAAAGCGUGACUGAUUAACUGAUUAUACUUACCUACACAUCCCCCUGUCUGUUUUUAUUGAACACAAUGGUACCUGACAUGUUGAUCAAGGCAGCACAGGCAUGUACUAUCUUGUCAGUGGUAGCUACAUCCCUGUUCUCUAUCUCAUCCCACAGGGACUUCACAAAGCCAACAGGAAGUGGCCCAUCUAGGAUGUGGAAUCUGCGUUUCAGGACACUAAUCACGCGUUCUGUAAAAUACACCUUUUUAAAAUCUUUUAAAAGCAUAAAACCCUUGUUCUCUGUAUUUGUUAUAGCACUGUUAUACAAAUGGCUACAGUCAUACUUCAUGCUGUGUUGUUGAAUAUUAAUUUAAUGUAGGAGUUUCAGUGAAACUGUUAAUCAUUUUAUGUGCCAUCAAAUUGAUAUAUCAAAUCGUUUGCCAGUUUGCAGCAAAUAAAUAUACCUGACAAUAUGAAUCCCAACUUUUGAUUUCAUUCUGGGCUCUUCAACGUCAGCUUCAACUUGCACCAAGCAAGGCAAAGUCGUCUUUAAGGGUAAAACCCCAAUCAGCCAAGAUCUGAAACAAGUAAUGCGUCAGAUGUAGGCCUAUUGCUUUUAAUGUUUGUGGUCUUCCACCCCAGCCUUUGGACAAGAAGAUGAUGAGAAGACUACACGCAAUAAAAUAUUUGACUGUAGUCCACUUCUUAUAACUGGAGUAAGAUUUCCCUUGUGGGAAAAAACAAAAAAACCAAAACAUGGUUAGUGUUAAAAAGCUACAUGACCAAGUAAUCAUAAAUCACAUCUUUUUUGGCAUCUUUAUCCAGCUUUAAGGGCCUUUGGCUGUUCAAUUCUGAUUUCAAAGCAAUCAGUAAUUUAUGUGAGGUGAGGAAAUUUGGCCUUCAUCACUGGCGGUAUGGUUUGUGUGAUGCACUCCCUGUCAGGCCAGUGAAUGAGGAAGGUGAUCUUUGCAUGCAGAAGAUUCAGCCAACGUUGGAAUAUGUUGCGGAUGGUAGACUGUCGUUGCUCCAGUAUUUGGCUCAGCAAAGCAAUUGAUGGAUUCUGGCGUAGCUUGAGCAAACGCAGGAAAAGCUGGUCUUCGGUAGACAAUUGAAAAAACUUGCAUGGUGACUUGAUGAACUGAACAAGGUGAUGAUGAAGACAGUCAAACACUGCCCAGGUGAACCCAGUCAUGGCCCUGUAUGCACUGUUCUGGCCUCCAACAACAUUCACAGACAAUCAGUCCUUAGACCAGUUCGGCAGUGCAGCAUCUCAUUCUCUUCUGGCCUCAUCUCUCUCCCUUCUUGCCUCAUCUGUCUUUCUCCUGAGAUUGGCUACCUCUAUGGCGAUUGCAACUUGCUCCCUGUGUGAAACUGGCCUUAUCUCAGUGCCCCAUCUUCAGUGGGCUCAGUGAGAGAAGCUUCAGUGGGUGAAGCUUCAGUGGGCUCAGUGGGAGAAGCUUCUGUAGGUGCCCUUGUUUGCCUUCUUUUGGCUGGCAGGACCUUAUUAUCAACACCAGCCUCUCUUUUCCUGGCAUUUUUGUAGCGCCAUAACUUUACUGCGCCUUCUGUCAAUUGCCGCCGAUGUGGAAAAUAGAUUUGAC